AUGAUAGCUGAAAUAAAAAGUAGGACCAACAUACACAAGGAGGAUAGAGAUAGUCUAGCCCCCAACUUCUCUGUUGACACACAAGUUGCAUACAUUCUAAGUCUGGGAGUAGCGAAGGAAUUCAGAAAGCACGGCAUAGGUUCUCUUUUACUUGAGAGUUUAAAGGAUCACAUAUCCACCACUGCCCAGGACCACUGCAAAGCCAUCUACCUGCAUGUCCUCACCACCAACAACACAGCAAUAAACUUCUACGGAAACAGAGACUUUAAGCAGCACCACUAUCUCCCCUAUUACUAUUCCAUCCGUGGGGUCCUCAAAGAUGGCUUCACUUGUAUCUUCUACAUCAAUGGUGGCCACCCUUCUUGGACCAUUUUGGACUGCAUCCAGCACCUGGGUUCUGCUCUAGCAAACUUGAGCCCCUGUUCCAUCCCACACAGGAUUUAGCACCAGGCCCACAG